AGCAACACGUAAACCGCGACCUCCCGACGCAGUGGUGCUAUUCAACUCAGUUACCUCGGUAAAGGUCUUAAACAGUGCAUUUCUGGUCAAUUUGUUAAUUAGGAAUGGUACAUAUAGUUUAAUCUAUUAAUGCACCUUGAUAAUCAAACGUCUCUACAUUCUUCAAACAUUGUUGCUCCGAGGCUGUUGACACGCGCUUGGUUGCUGGAUGGACCGCGAAGGCCUGUGGUCUUUUUGAUCGUGUACUGAUGCUGGGACUAUUUUAAAUGUUCGCUACGGAAAAAGGAGAACGUGUUCGCUGUCUUCAAUUUUUAGGAGAACAUGUCUUUUUCGUGGUUGACUUGUUCACUUCUUCUGGGAACUUUAUGUGCAGGAUACAGCCUAGGAGAAGCAGAGACCAGAGAGUGUGUGUACUACAAUGAUAACUGGAGGACAGAGAGGACCAACCAGAGUGGCUUUGAGAGGUGCGAGGGGGAGAAGGACAAGCGCUUGCACUGCUACUCCUCCUGGCUCAACUCCUCAGGAACCAUCAAACUGGUGAAGAAGGGCUGCUGGCUGGAUGACUUCAACUGCUAUGACAGGCAGGAGUGCGUGUCCAUGGAGGAGAACCCUCAGGUGUUCUUCUGCUGCUGCGAGGGAAACUACUGCAACGAGAGGUUCACCCACCUCCCCGACCUCAUCGGCAGCGGCAGCCGAGUGAAAAUCCUCCCUCCUCCCAGAGUGCCCUCUCUCCUCAACGUGCUGGUGUACUCUCUGCUGCCCCUGUGUGUGCUGUCCCUGGCCCUUGUGCUGGCCCUGUGGAUGUACCGCCACCGCAAACCUCCUUAUGGCCACGUGGACCUCGGCGAGGACCCUGGUCAAACCCCACCCUCCCCUUUGGUUGGUUUGAAACCCCUGCAGUUGCUCGAGAUCAAAGCCAGGGGGCGCUUUGGCUGUGUGUGGAAGGCCCAGUUGAUGAGUGAACAUGUCGCUGUAAAGAUCUUCCCUGUUCAGGACAAGCAGUCGUGGCAGAACGAGCGGGACAUCUUUCUGACCCCCGGAAUGAGGCACGAGAACCUGCUGCGCUACAUCGCCGCUGAGAAACACGGAGCCAACCUGGAGACGGAGCUGUGGCUCAUCAUGGAGUUCCACGAACGGGGCUCGUUGACGGACCAUCUGAAAGGCAGCACCGUGACAUGGAGUGAGAUGUGUCACAUAUCAGAGACCAUGUCCCAUGGGCUGGCCUACCUCCACGAGGACAACUUAAUCUACAAAGGAGACGGGCCUAAACCCACCAUUGCACACAGGGACUUCAAGAGUAAGAAUGUUAUGCUUCGAGAUGAUCUGACUGCAGUUAUCGGAGACUUUGGGCUGGCCGUCCGGUUUGAGCCUGGGAAGCCACCUGGGGAUACGCACGGCCAGGUGGGCACGAGGCGAUACAUGGCCCCUGAGGUGCUCGAGGGAGCCAUCAACUUCCAGCGGGACUCCUUCCUUAGGAUCGACAUGUACGCCAUGGGCCUGGUGCUGUGGGAGCUGGUCUCGCGCUGCUCCGACAUAGACAGUACUUUGGGGGAGUACAUGCUGCCUUUUGAGGAGGAAAUAGGACAACAUCCCACCCUGGAGGACCUGCAGGAAGUGGUUGUGCACAAGAAGAUGCGUCCAGCCUUCAAGGACUACUGGCUUAAACAUCCUGGUCUGAGUCAGAUGUGCGAGACCAUAGAGGAAUGCUGGGACCAUGAUGCAGAGGCCCGACUGUCAGCUGGCUGUGUCGAGGAGCGCAUCGCACAGAUCUCCAGGACAACAAACAGUACUACCUCGGAUUGUCCUCUCUCCAUAGUGACUUCAGUCACCAAUGAAGACCUACCUCCCAAAGAAUCCAGUACCUGAGGGUGAGAUCACCGAAGCAUACAAGUAACAGUGACUUCGAGCUCCUAAUGUUAUAUCCAAACUCAGCGGAUCUCCGUGAAAGAUAUUGUAAACAACUUGAAUGCAGCUGCUAUUUUUAUCUUUUUUUAUUUUAUUUUUUUGUUCCAUGUUUCCUGUGAUUUUGUUGUUGGGGGGGUUACUAAUACAUCCGUCUGCUGUAGGUUUGAAAUAAGAAACAAGAAUAGAAAUAAGCUAUUGGAUGGGCACCUCAUAUACCCACGUGUCAAAUCUUAAAUUCCAUCAAUACCUCAAAUACUUUGUGUUAGUUUUAAUAUUGUUAUUUUAAUUAUUAUUAUUAUCAUUAUUACCUCAUAUGUUGUUAUUGUCUCAGUUUGGUCAAGAUUGUCAUUGGCCGAACAAGGAACCUUACUGAAACCCUGGAUGUCGCGCUGCACACCUUGGAGGAACUAUAAAACUGUUAUGAUUUUCCUCAGGGGAUGAAGAAGCUUCUCUUUCACUUAGUGUUUUACUUCUUGUCUGUGAACAGCUCAAAAACGAAUUGGCUAAGAAAACAAAUGACAGGACCACAGAUUGUUUUAACUGACUGAGAAAGACAUGAGCUUAAGAAAUCCAUGUAAUUAUUGGACUGAAGAAUCUGGACAAAACACAACUUUUGUCCUUGUGGAACUACCUCUCAGGUAUCAAGUAGGCCUAUAUUGGAACUAUACGUUUUAUUUUUUUACUUUUCACAACAACAACAAAAAGCCCAGCUAUCGAGCUACUGUAUGUUUGAACUAUACAUUUACGCUUAUUGAUCAGUUGGCGUUACUCCUUUACCAGUAUAGACAUAGAUGAAUGCUAUCUGGAGUUGCAAUGUUACACAUUCUUGAUUUUAUUUUUGCGUUUUGAUUUUACUAUUUGUACAUGUGCGUGUGAAAGAAAUGGAAGAAUAGAGAUUGUGAGGCAGGAAGAGUGACAGGAUUUGUGUUUUAACAGCCAGAACAUUGAACAGGUAGUAGAUUCAUCCUCACAAGGGCCAUAAAUCAGUAGGCAACAUGUCUGUGUUUAUCGGUUCCCACACACCAUUCUCAGAUACCUCAAAGAUACUACAUCAAGCAAAUAAAUCUCUGGAUGUCUAAAACUCAAUACCAUACCAUAACAUUGAAUGUCCUAAAUGCUGCUGUAACUACUCAAGAAUUCUCAAGGAUAGAUGUACAUGUAUUCUUUAUUGAUGCUAACAACUGCAAAAGUCCUCUACUGCUUACUCCUCCUGACCUCAGAUAUUCUGACAAGUACCUCAGGCUUUUAUAUAUAUAUAUAUAUAUACCUAUAUAUUAUAUAUCUCUGUUUUGUUGUAUUUUAUUGUGUCAAGUAGUCAAAAAACAUUUUAUUGCAGGUUUGCUGCAUCAGUGGUGAUUUCUUGCCCGAUUUUGAUGUUGUAGGAACCUAAAGAAAAGAGGUGUAAUCUUGUAAUUUUCUGUAUGCAGUUUCCGAACACUAAUUUUAUACAGUACCUGGGCAUUAUUGAUUUUGUUUCCAUAUGAAUGAAAAGGGACUUUCACUUUAAUCCUCUGUAUUUAAGAAUCAAGCUAGUCAUUCUGUGAUUUUCAAUGUGUUUUCUAUUGGAUUUUCAGAACGUGUUUGUGUUAAUAUGACGUACCCAGUUAUUUUUGGUCAGAAGAUAGGUAGCACUAGAUUAGGAAUAUUAGAGUGUAAAGAAAACAACAAAAUAUAACAAACUCAGAUGAUUGUGAUGUGGUGUCCAUAGCCUCAUUCAAUGCCAAUAUGAACAGUAUUACCUCAGUGAUGUUAGUCAUCUACAGAAAUGUUAUCAUUCAGUUAUUUCAGUCAAGUUACAACAAAACAAAAUUGGGAUUUUUUGUCUUGAUACAAUGAAUACAAAAGUUAAGAGCAAAUUUUCUUCUACUGUACUGAAGGAAAAACAUCCCAUGGUACAUGAUAUAGUGCAUAUAUAUAUAAAUAUAUGUGUGUGUAACAGAGAAGUGAGCAUGUGGGUACACACCACAUACUAUAUCAAGACUGAUGUUGUUGGCCAUGCAGUCCAGCAAUAUUUUGUAUGCAGCAAUAGAUAAUAUCAUGGUUUGUUUAUCUCUGAUUGUCUGCUGGUCAUCAAUUAAUGGUUUGAGGACCAUCAAAUUCCAUGCAUAUUAUACGCUGUUACUGUGAAUGCUAUCUUGCAUCCAGAUAUGAACUGAAACCUGAUACCUCAUGCAGUACCUCAUUGAUAAUUAUUUCCAACUCUGAGAGAAUCUAAUAGAAGUAUCAUGUAAAUAGUUACUUGACUUAAUGUAAAGGAUUCUUCCUUUCCAUGUUUAGACCCUGUGAAGAUUAUUUCUUUUCUUUUUUUAUUACAGCAGAUUAUUUUCUAUUGUGAGAAUGGUAAUGGGUGAAUAUGUUUUGUCCUGUUUGAAUGAGUUGUGUAUGUGUCCACUAAAAAGAAUGAAUGUCCAUGUGAUAUGUGAAAAACCAAUAAAAGCUAGAUAAGAACACAUCCAACGUUUUGUAUUAUAAUAAAAAGGAAAUACAUUAA